GGCUGUGACGCCUGGUGUGGAAACUGUGUCAUUGCAUUCUUAUGCUAAAUAUUGUGGCAGUCCUAGUUUGUUAAUUGGCAAGAGUAGUCGAAAAGCGAAGGGAGCAAGCUUCAAUCCACGCUUUGACAUUGAAUUAGUCUUGCCCUGUGGUGGGUCCGGGCUAGCGGGCGUGAUCCUGCUCCACCAUGGCAGAACUCGAGGCGGCCCCUUUGCCCGAGGGCAACGGUCUUGGCCCGCAGGGUGCGGUGGCCGCCACUAAAAUUGACGCUGGCAGCUUCGAUCUACCCCGCAACCACGAUGACUUCGACGACGGUGACGACGACGACUUUGGACACUUUGCGACCGCCGCCGCGGCGCCCCCAGUGCCAGCGGCAGAUGUAAACCACAUUCCAGCAGCAGAUGACGCGGUCACCUCCGAGGUGGCCGUAACAUGUGAUAGCACCAACGGUACGUUGUUGCCCAGUCUGUGUUUAGGUGACAGUGAUGAUGACAGUGCGACUAGUCAGGACACCAGCGGGCUUGUGCGCCAAGCUUCGGCAGAGCUGCCGUUCUCUGGCGAGACCGGUGGCGUCAAGAGGGAGGACAGUUUUGACGACUUUCAACAGGCACAAGCUGUAGCGCCACCGUUCGAGGCGGCGCUUGCGCCGGUGGACGAAGGAAGUGAUUUCGCAGACUUCGAGCAAGCAUGUGACACAGUGGUGGCAGAUAGUUGCGAGUGGGGUGACUCCAAAGGGGACGGUUUCGCGGACUUUGCAGCUUUCGGGGAUGCGUCGAAAACCGCCGUGGAGGACGGUGACUGGGCUGACGACGACUGGAAGUCGUUUGCUAAUGCAGAAGACGGCGAAGCGACGUCAGUUGUGUCGCCUGUAGCGUUGCCACAACAAGGGACUGUCUCUGGUCAGCUGGUGCCGGGAGAGGGCUCGUUCGAAAACCUGUUCCAGAGUGCCUACACCCUCGAAGGUGCCUCGUUGAGUCCAGUCUCCGCGGAGGAUGAAGACUUUGUGGCUCUCAGCUGUUGUGAGGUUCAUGUAAGGCUGUGGGAGCAGCUCGAGGAUCUGGAUCGUGCCCCAUCGCUGAAGUUCAGCUGGAAUGGGUCACAUUCGUGUCAGCACCUGCUGCAGAGCCUGUCCAUUGACUCUAGGAACAUUCAGGCCGGUGCGGACAGUGCCAUUCCUCCGGCUCAGUUUGACUGGACUUCGAGUGGCCUGGUGAACCCGUUGGAGCAGCCGGCUGCCUCGACGUUGCUGGACCUUGAGUUUCUUUCGAGCCUCUCGUCAGCCACAGUGGGCAGCAGUCCCCCGACCAGUAGUCUGGAGAAAGAAUUCCUGGAGUUGAGUGGUUCUGCAGCAGCACCAGUGUCGUCGCAGUCCUCCUGCCCCGUCGAAGCUGCAGGAGCUGUUGCGGAACAACGUGUCCACCCUGUCAUCAACACGCCGUCGGCCCUCGCUGCUCAGCGGCGAAGCCCAGGCCAUCUUGGACAGACUCCCGGACCUGUCGUUUAUGCAGGCGCGCGUGCUCAUGUUUCCGGUGCACUUGGACUGAUCCUUAUGUACGAAUGUGUCAGGCCUGAAAGCAACUGUCCCCGGUUUUACAAUGUAGGGGAGAGGAACUUGACACGGCCCUCAACUCAUGCAUCUGUAGCAUGAGCUAAUGAAUGAAUUUAGAAGUAGUGCUCGGCCAAUUGGCAGGGCCAUCUGUUGCGUCGAGAAGAGGUUGUGCUACGUCGACGAUUCCAUUCUUCGAUUUGUUUGAAUGUGUUCGGCAUGUUUUAAUUCAUGUCAUCAGUGCACAUUCUUUCCUGCGAGGAGUAUUUAGGAAUUAAAUGUAUGCGUAUGUGUUUCCUACCACCGAUAAUUUAUUUCGUUUGUGUGAAGAGCAAGAGCACAAGUGGCAAACUACUAGUGUUUGGGGGGUGUGGUCUAUUAGAUAAGGGAACAUGUACUACGUGAGCGCAGCGCACAUUAUCAGUGCUUUCCAUAUCCGGGCACAUAAAUACAACUUGGUGCUUUGAUCAUCUGUCUGUAAGGGCUAAAAAGAGUAAAGCUUCUGCCUUUGCACCUGUUUGUGUUCUUGUAUUUUCUCAGCUCUUUCGGUGCUUAAGUGCUUACCUAAUAAAGUUAGAAUAGCGGAAUAUGGUGGUGGUGGUGGUUUGCAGGUGGGCCAAUUGCCCAUCUGCAAACCUUGCUAUGGAAUCGGCAAGCCAUGAUCUGUUGUCCUUUAUCUGUCUCAGUGGGCCUUUUUUUUUGCUUAUGCAGUAAAAGAGACUAUUAUGGAAAUAUAACAAUGCAUAUUUCAUGUAAUAUUUGUUGGACCUUCUUUCACGGCAGUAAUGUGUUCCAAGGAUUAUUAAAAGACAUUAAGGCUGAUGAGUUGAGGCGAAUCAGCUCGUUUUUCAAGGCGCAUCUAAACAAGGUUGGAUGUCGGGAAUCAAUGCGCACAUUGUGGUUUAGGUUUCACAGGAAUUGUGCAAUAUAAAGAUUUGAGCAGUGUUUCCGAGAUAGUGAAGCAGCUGCUGUCACUGCUAGCGCAGCUUUUGAGGCGCUGCUGCUAGUUUCACUUUGUUCACCCCAAAAAUGCUGUUGGAGCAGUUGUAGCCACACCAGUGUUUUGUCUUGUUCCCGUUGAGGUUCCUUACUGCUGCGGUCCUCUUCCCUGUCUUUGUCAUCAUUUAGAGAUAGUCUUUCUACAUGGCUUGCUGGAAAUGCAUUUUAUUUUUUUUUUCCAGGAAAUUUCUUGCUUGUGACAAGUGCUAGGUUUGACAAGACACAGCCUCUGAUAUUGUUGUGACAUACGAAGCCCUAGUAUUGCUAGCGCGAGUUACCGCAUUGACGCGAUCUGCUGUUAAUGCAUUGCCAUUCCGACCAAAAGGACUGUUUGCAUAUCGUAGUUGCUGUAAAAAUGUACUUGUUCAUUAUUUUUUUGUUGCGGUUUUAACGUAGAUCAUGUGACGAUCUGCAUUGCGCCCGGCCAACAAACCGCCCCAAAGUGUCCGUUGUGCAGCUGUCGCUGUGAAAGCUCAGGGCAAGCCUGCAAUAAAAGGUUUCACGGGAGA